AAUCUUAUAUAUAUUCUUAAUCCUUUGCCUCCAGAACGUAUGACGAAUAUGGAAGCUUUGAAGGUGCUGUGUAAAGAUUAUCCUUCUUUGAAUUCUUCUUCUAAGAAGCCCUGUUUGGAGCAUAAGCUCUCCAAGCAUGGAACUCACUUUUCUAGGCAUUCUUUACGUUUAUAUCAUCCAGGAAGAAACUCAGCAAACUUCCUUGCACUUAGAGCUACAAAUUCUCAUGUAGCUAUGAAAGAAAGAAAUGGAUCAGUGAAUGAGCAUUCAUUGUACAAGGGCCUGGGUAUACUUGAUUUUCUUGAGGCCAAAAACAUUCUGGUCACUGGUGCAACUGGUUUCCUUGCAAAAGUGGUGAUUGAGAAAAUACUAAGGACACAGCCAAAAGUUGGAAAGCUCUUUUUGAUUAUCAAGGCUAAAGAUUCAGAGGCUGCAUUUCAAAGGAUGAAGAAUGAAAUAAUAUGUUCGGAGUUAUUCAGACAUUUGAGAGGCAUUUAUGGAAGGCAGUUCGAGGAGUUUGUACUGACAAAACUUGUCCCUGUUGCUGGUGACGUUUCACUGGACAAUCUAGGAAUUCAAGUCGAUGUGGCGGAAAAUCUUGCUCGCCAUGUACAAAUAAUUUUAAAUUCUGCUGCUAUCACUUCAUUUGAUGCCAGGUAUGAUGUUGCUUUGGAGACAAAUACAAGAGGACCGUCUCGGCUCAUGGAAUUUGGAAAAAGUUGCAGACAGCUACAACUCUUUCUGCAUGUAUCAACAGCAUAUGUCAAUGGGCAAAGAGAAGGGAGGGUAGUCGAAAAACCAUUCAAAAUGGAAGAAAACCUAGCCAAAGGGCUAGAAGAUGCUGCAGCUUUGAACAUUCUAAAUGAAAUUGAAUUAGCCAAAAUAAAUCUCACUUUUCAUCAAACCAGACUGUUAGAAUCUAAAAGCUCUAAAGCCAUAAAUGAUGAUGGUAUUUCCCAAACAAUGAAAGACAUGGCUUUGGAAAGGGCAAGAACAUAUGGAUGGAAUGAUGUUUAUGUGUUUAGUAAGGCAAUGGGAGAAAUGUUAUUAGACCAGAACAGAGGAGAAAUCCCAUUGGCUAUUGUUAGACCUAGUGUGAUUGAAGGAACCUACAGUGAUCCAUUUCCUGGAUGGAUAGAAGGCCUUCGAAUGGUAGAUCCGAUAAUUGCCUAUUAUGCAAAAGGCCAGCUCUCUGCCCUGAUUGCUGAUCCAAAUGUGGCUUUUGAUAUUGUCCCAGUAGACAUGGUUGCAAACGCAAUACUUGCAGUAAUGGCAAAACAUGCUGGCAAAUCUGGCCUGGAGGUUUAUCAAAUGGCUUCUUCUGCUGCAAAUCCAAUAUUUAUGGGAGAACUUUUUGGAAUGUUUCAUCAGUAUUUUAGAGCCCAUCCUUAUGUUGAUGUUAGGGGUAAAACAAUAAAAGCAAAGGAUUCUCUCAAGCUAUUUGGCAACAUGGAAGAUCUCUCUUCUCAUUCUAUAAACAUGUCAUUAAAUGUAAAUGGUCAUCCUUUUGUUCAAAUGGAAAAGCAAGAACGCAUUGCUAUGAAAGUAAGAGCCCGUGUGAACAGACAGAUAGGCAGGAUAUACCAAUCAUAUUUGACAUGCAAAGCGAGAUUUGACAACUCAAACACAAAUAAGUUAUUCCAAGAACUCUCCCAAGAGGAAAGGGAAAUAUUUGGAUUUGAUGUAAAUAGAAUAGACUGGAACGAUUACAUUAUGAACGUUCAUAUUCCAGGACUUCUUGAAAAUGUUAUGAUGAAAAGAAGAUCUAAAGCCAUCGAACAAGAGAGGAAUCCUGCUGCAGUCCCUCUAUUGGUGAUUUCUUAGAUAAUUAAAAAAGGAGAUGAAUAGGUUUCUCAGGGACUCCGGUUAUUAAUGGUGUGGGUAUUUUUUAGCUGAUAUGCUUAGUUUUAUAGGUUGUGCAUCUAUUAUACUGUAAGUUUUAGGUUGUUGUCUAUUAGGCAUUUACUUGCUGCAUGAAAGUUUGAGGGGAUGUUUCUCAGGGACUUUGUAAGAUGUAUUUAUUAUUAAGAUGUAUUUAUUAUAAGUAAUAUAUGAUUAUUUUUAAGAUGUAUUUAUUA